GGUCGGAGUGCCCAAGCCUACACUCAUUGGGCAGUUCCGAAUAUCUGCAUACAGCUUGACAUCGUCGAUUGCUUUCCGCUUCAUGCCACUUCUGUUAUGGCCGCCAUUUGUCUCCUGCGGUUGUUAGCUGGUUUUGGAUUUCCGUUAUUUGCUCCAGCGAUGUACAGCACACUGAGGUUCUGGAAGGGCGAUACCAUUUUUGCAGUCGCAGCACUUCUUAUGGGCUGUUCUGCGUACGUUUCCGUUCUUGUUCCUUCUCUUGUCACCCCUGCAAUUCAUUGUACCUGCAAUCCCUGGAUAUUUCGGCGUUAUGGGGAGCGGAUCCGGAACAGUACCUAG